AUGAAGCUGCUGCGCUUCCGCGACAUCCCCGAGGGCAAGUACAGCAACGCCUUCCUGGGGUACAACACGGAGGACAAGGGCUUCGCCCUGGAGCUGACCUACAACUACGGUGUUGACUCGUACGACAUUGGAGAGGGCUUUGGGCACUUUGGCGUGGCCACCCCCGAUGUGUACAAGCUUGCAGAGACCAUCCGCGCUGGUGGCGGCAAGAUCACGCGCGAGCCGGGGCCUGUCAAGGGCGGCAACACGGUCAUCGCCUUCGCGGAGGACCCCACCGGCUACAAGUGGGAACUUAUUGAGCGCAAGCAGACGGCCGAGCCCCUCUGCCAGGUCAUGCUGCGCGUCGGCGACCUGGAGAAGUCCACCGCCUGGUACCGUGACGUCAUGGGCAUGCAGGUCCUGCGCCAGCGUGACAACCCUGAGUACAAGUACACCCUGGGCUUCGUGGGCUACGGGCCUGAGGAGGACAAUCUUGUCAUUGAGCUCACAUACAACUACGGCAAGACCGAGUACACCAAGGGCAACGCUUACGCGCAGAUCGCCAUCAGCACCGACGACGUGUACAAGACAGCCGAGCAGAUCAGGGCUGCGGGCGGCUCGAUCACGCGCGAGCCCGGCCCUGUGCCUGGCAUCGGGACCAAGAUCGUGGCCUGCACGGACCCUGACGGCUACAAGUAUGUCUUCGUGGACAGCCAGGACUUUGACAAGGAGCUGGAGGUUUUGAAGUAG